AUGGAGAAGUCAGAGGAGAUUCGUGUCGAUACCAUCCUUAGAUUGGCGCUGGAUUUUGUUGGAAUCAAAAACAUCAACCUGCUUGAACCAAUAGAUCAAUUUGGUAAACUAAAUUUGGGUGCAAACAAUUCAGCCAGUGCAUGCUACGCUAAGCUCUCUCCAGCAACAAGGGUCUUCUUUCCCAGGGAUGAUUGUGACCUCAUGCCUAUCAUGCCAACUACACUUGUCAAUGGCUGUGAAUUCGAAGGAAUUGGAACUGGUUGGAGUUCUUUCAUACCAAAGUAUAACUCGAAAGAUGUUAUUGCCAACAUAAUGCGUCGAAAUGCUGGUGAAAGUAUGGUUCCUAUGGAUCCUUGGUACCAUGAUUUUGAAGGAACUAUUGAGAAAACUGAGUCCGAUGAUGACGGGUCUACUUACAGAGUCACUGGUGUAUGUGAUGAGCAUAAGGAAAACACUCUUGUUAUCACCAUUCUACCAAUCAGAAGGUGGGCUGAUGAGUAUAAGGAAUUCUUGCGCACGAUGAAGACAGAUAAUGGUCCCUUUAUCCAGGACAUCACGGAGUACAAUGGCGAUUCAUAUGUCAACUUUAAGCUUAAACUGAGUGAAGAGAAUAUGAUGAAGGCUCAGCAAGAGGGGUUUCUGAAAGUAUUCAAACCCACCACGAUGAUUACUACAACCAAUAUGCAUGUCUUUGAUCGAAACGGCGUGAUAAAGAAAUAUGCAACUCCAGAGCAAAUCCUUGAAGAUUUCUCCAUCCUCAGGCUUGAACACUAUGAGAAGAAAAAGAAAGAAAUGCUGGAGAAUCUGGAACUUAAGAGACAGAAACUAGAAGAAAAAAGAAGGUUUAUUCGUUUAGUUCGCAGUGGAGAAAUUGUUCUGAAGGAUAGGACGAAGGCUGAUCUUGUUGAGGAGUUGAGUCAGAGAGGGUUUACACCAUUCCCAGGGGAAGCUCCAGUUGACUUAUCAAUGGAUGCAAGUGAAGAAUCUGAACUUGAAGUUGAAGUUGAGAAACUCGGUUUGGACGAUGCCGAAGAAGAGAGAAAGACACAGCAGAAAUCAUGA